CUCUCUUCGGGGUCGUGGCCACUAGCCCGGUGCCGCCAGCCGGGAGCCAGCGAGCCGAGGGGCCCGAAGGCGGGACGCGACCCCGGCGCGCGGGAGCCACCCGGGCUUUCCCCGCCGCCCGCGCUUCAUGAAUCGCAAGUUUCCGCGGCGGCGGCGGCUGCGGGACGCGGAGCAGGAGCCGGGGCAGCGGGCGGAGCGCGACGGGAGCUCCGCGGAGGGCUCAGGCGCCGAGGAGAUCGCCCCGGGUACCGGGGGAGCCGCCGCCAGCAGCCCCGCCACGAGCUCCAGCCCAGCGGCGCCCAGAAAGGAGGCGAAAAAGUAUGGCUGAGGAGGAGGCGCCUAACAAGUCCCCGGCCGCCGGCGGCGGCGGGAGCUGGGAACUUUGUGCCCGGGCGCUCCGGGCCGGCCCGGCGGCGGAGGGGAGCGGGGACGGGGACAGCCAUCGCCGCCCCCCAGCUGAGCCCGGGAGGUUGGCGCGCCGGCUGUUGCUGCUGCUGUGGCUGCUGGAGGCACCCCUGCUGCUGGGGGUGCAGGCGCAGGCGGCGGGACAGGGGCCCGGGCCCGGCCAGCAGCCCCCGCCGCCGGCGCCGCCGCAGCAGCCGAGCGGGCAGCAGUACAACGGCGAGCGGGGCAUCUCCAUCCCGGACCACGGCUACUGCCAGCCCAUCUCCAUCCCGCUGUGCACGGACAUCGCGUACAACCAGACCAUCAUGCCCAACCUGCUGGGCCACACGAACCAGGAGGACGCGGGCCUCGAGGUGCACCAGUUCUACCCGCUGGUGAAGGUCCAGUGCUCGGCCGAGCUCAAGUUCUUCCUGUGCUCCAUGUACGCGCCCGUGUGCACGGUGCUGGAGCAGGCGCUGCCGCCCUGUCGCUCCCUGUGCGAGCGCGCGCGCCAGGGCUGCGAGGCGCUCAUGAACAAGUUCGGCUUCCAGUGGCCCGACACGCUCAAGUGCGAGAAGUUCCCGGUGCACGGAGCCGGCGAGCUGUGCGUGGGUCAGAACACGUCGGACAAGGGGACCCCGACGCCCUCGCUGCUGCCCGAGUUCUGGACCAGCAAUCCCCAGUACGGCGGUGGGGGGCACCGCGGCGGUGGCGGCGGCUUUCCUGGGGGCGCCAGCGCGUCUGAGCGAGGCAAAUUCUCCUGUCCGCGCGCCCUCAAAGUGCCCUCCUACCUCAACUAUCACUUUUUGGGGGAGAAGGACUGCGGGGCGCCCUGUGAGCCCACCAAGGUGUACGGGCUCAUGUACUUCGGGCCCGAGGAGCUGCGCUUCUCGCGCACCUGGAUCGGCAUCUGGUCUGUGCUGUGCUGCGCCUCCACGCUCUUCACGGUGCUCACGUACCUGGUGGACAUGAGGCGCUUCAGUUACCCCGAGCGGCCCAUCAUCUUCCUGUCGGGCUGCUACACGGCCGUGGCCGUGGCCUACAUCGCUGGCUUCCUGCUGGAGGACCGGGUGGUGUGUAACGACAAGUUCGCCGAGGACGGGGCGCGCACCGUGGCGCAAGGCACCAAGAAGGAGGGCUGCACCAUCCUCUUCAUGAUGCUCUACUUCUUCAGCAUGGCCAGCUCCAUCUGGUGGGUCAUCCUGUCGCUCACCUGGUUCCUGGCGGCCGGCAUGAAGUGGGGCCACGAGGCCAUCGAGGCCAACUCGCAGUACUUCCACCUGGCUGCCUGGGCCGUGCCCGCCAUCAAGACCAUCACCAUCCUGGCGCUAGGCCAGGUGGACGGCGACGUGCUGAGCGGGGUGUGCUUCGUGGGGCUCAACAACGUAGACGCGCUGCGCGGCUUUGUGCUGGCGCCCCUUUUCGUGUACCUGUUCAUCGGCACGUCCUUCCUGCUGGCCGGCUUCGUGUCCCUCUUCCGCAUCCGCACCAUCAUGAAGCACGACGGCACCAAGACGGAGAAGCUGGAGAAGCUCAUGGUGCGCAUCGGGGUCUUCUCCGUGCUCUACACGGUGCCCGCCACCAUCGUCAUCGCCUGCUACUUCUACGAGCAGGCCUUCCGGGACCAGUGGGAGCGCAGCUGGGUGGCCCAGAGCUGCAAGAGCUACGCCAUCCCCUGCCCUCACCUCCAGGCAGGUGGGGGCGCACCGCCGCACCCACCCAUGAGCCCCGACUUCACCGUCUUUAUGAUCAAGUACCUUAUGACACUAAUCGUGGGCAUCACGUCGGGCUUCUGGAUCUGGUCGGGCAAGACCCUCAACUCCUGGAGGAAAUUCUAUACCCGGCUUACCAAUAGCAAACAGGGGGAGACCACUGUCUGAAACCCGCCAGCCACCCGCCCCCCACCCCCAAAGCCAGCCGCAGGAAUUCCGUCGGAGCCAGGCUCUCACACUUUUGCAGUCUUUGAACAACACUGGGCCUGCAGAAGCUCGUCCUUGGGGGCAAAGGGCUCUGAGGGCCUGACUGCUGAGAGGGGGAGAUGGACAGAGCCCUCUUCGUACCGUUUUUUUGUGAUUGUAAAUAGCCUGUGUAAGAUUUUUGUAAGUAUAUUUGUAUUUAAAUGACAGCCGAUCACAGGUUUUUUUGUUUGUUUUUUAUUAUUAUUUUAAUUAUUUAGAGCGGUUUAAUUAUUUGAGUCUUUUCCUUGGUGCCUUUUUCAGUGUAUUGAAAAAGGCAAGAGUAGGGAAAAGAGGGGGAAAGUGCCCCACCCCUCUGACUCUCCCUGGGUGCCCCCCCACCACACUGCCCCCUCUGCUGUGCCCCCGGCUCCUGGGGAGCCCAGCCCUGCGGGGG